CGCCAAAGUCUCGAGCUCCUGAAUGGCUGCAUCGCUUGCAAUACCCAGCAGCCACCGUGAUCGGUGUUGAGAAAGGCUUCAACUCCGCUCCUCCGUCAUCAACUUCGACAAUUGCGAUAGCACUGAAUGUCCUGUUAUUGCAGGGAAUUUAGUCUUGCUAAACAUGAUGUUAUCAAGGCUAAGUAGGAGAAUUCAUCUCUCGCCAUACCUUAAGGCUUUGAAAAAUACCUCUCCUGAAUCCAGGUGUCUAUCUAUUGUUCCUGAAGGAUCAAGUUACAAGUUCAUUAAUUGUAAUACAAGAUUCCAGCACAAUAUCACUUGUAAAAUACGGUUAUCAAAGCUUAAGCAGGAAUUGAGUACAAAGUCAUUCCAUCAGUCUUACCGCUCUUCAGCUUUUACUUCACGUUAUGUUGGAAGGACAUGUUCCAUGCCUGGUUUUCGAAACUUCUCAUCUCAUGCAUCCAAAGAACAGAAAUCACAAAAGAUGCUUUUAUACUUGACGGGCUUGGCUUUUGCAAUGGUUGGAUGCAGCUAUGCUGCAGUUCCCCUUUACAGGAGAUUUUGUCAAGCAACUGGCUAUGGGGGAACUGUUCAACGGCGUGAGAGUGUUGAAGAAAAGAUUGCACGACAUGAUAGUGAUAAAACAGUCACCACAAGGGAAAUUGUGGUGCAGUUCAAUGCUGAUAUUGCUGAUGGAAUGCAAUGGAAAUUUGUUCCUACACAGAGAGAGGUUAGGGUCAAGCCCGGAGAAAGUGCCCUCGCAUUUUAUACUGCUGAAAACAAAAGUUCUACUCCGAUAACUGGUGUUUCUACAUAUAAUGUCACUCCUAUGAAGGCUGCAGUGUACUUCAAUAAAAUACAAUGCUUCUGCUUUGAGGAGCAGCGACUUCUUCCUGGAGAGCAGAUUGACAUGCCUGUAUUCUUUUAUAUUGACCCAGAAAUUGAGACAGAUCCUAGAAUGGAUGGUAUCAAUAACAUUAUAUUAUCAUAUACUUUCUUCAAGGUUUCAGAAGAAUAAGACCAACUUGAAUGUUCACAUGAGAUUUAAAUAACAAGCUCCCUCCUUUUCAAAGGGUGAAAGAUGCCUAGAACAUCCAUGAAGCUCAAGUUAUGGAUAUUUGUUUUUGGUGACUGGUGAAGGACUAAAAUUCAUUUUAUAAUUUGUUUCCCUCAACAUUAUAAAUAAAGAUAAGGUUACCUCUUCUCCUAUAUGCUUGCUAAGUUCUUGGCUGUUUCCGACCAGUGAUCAGGUUUUGAAGGUUCAACAUACCAUGCCAUGAAGUUGUGAAUUAUGCUGAUUUUCUGUUGUAUAAAUUAUUGCGUGUGAUCUUUCAAAAUCACUUUGCUUGGUAAUCGCCUGUAGAAUAGUUGAGUUACUACAUUACUUUGCUGAAGCAGUGUUUUUCAGUCAGUUUACUGUGCCAUGUGGAAUGCAGCAGAGAUUUGGUGAAGGACCUCUUGAAAGUAGCCAUUUAGAUGAAUUAUUUUUUUUGCUUUUUAA